GAAAAAUACGCACAGGACAUUUACAGAAAACGCCCGCUACGUUUUCUCUUUUGAAGAUAAGGUUUGACCAAAUCACAGUGACUUCACCUGUUCAUUAUUUUUGACAUUUGGACAGCAAGACAUCAGUUGGAGGAGCAAUUAUGACUGCCCAUGAGUCAAACGUGGACACCAUCACUCCGGAGCUGCCGGCCAUGUUUGAUGGCAUGAAGCUGGCGGCAGUGGCCACAGUGCUGUACAUCAUUGUCCGAUGCCUAAAUCUAAAGAGCCCCACCGCUCCCCCAGACCUUGUCUACCAAGAUACAGCCCUCAACCGUUUCCUCCUGAAAUCCUGUUCUCAGCUGACCAAAGAGUAUAUUCCUCCUCUGUUGUGGGGUAAGAGUGGUCAUCUCCAAACAGCCCUUUAUGGGAAGCUUGGCCGUGUGAGUUCUCCUCACCCCUGUGGAAUCAGGAAGUACUUACCCAUGCAGGACGGAGCCACUGCCACCUUUGACCUCUUUGAGCCACUGGGGGACCAUCGAACAGGAGGUGACAUCACCAUGGUUAUAUGCCCUGGCAUCGGUAACCACAGUGAGAAGCACUACAUCCGGACCUUUGUGGAUUACUCCCAGAAGGAGGGCUAUCGCUGCGCUGUGCUGAACCACCUUGGAGCACUACCGAAUAUUGAGCUCACCUCCCCACGCAUGUUCACCUAUGGGUGCACAUGGGAGUUUGCAGCAAUGGUGGGAUACAUCAAGAGGAUGUAUCCACACACCCAGUUGAUUGUGGUGGGCUUUAGUCUGGGUGGCAACAUUGUGUGUAAAUUCCUGGGAGAGAACAGAAUCAACCAGGAGAGAGUGUUGUGUUGCGUCAGUGUCUGCCAGGGAUACAGUGCUCUCAGGGCCCAGGAAACCUUCCUACAAUGGGACCAGUGUAGGCGCUUUUACAACUUCCUUAUGGCAGACAACAUGAAAAAAAUCAUCCUGUCACACAGGAGCAGCCUAUUUGGUGGAUACUCGACUAAAAUGGUUGAUACAGAUCUUAGCCGGCUUUACACAGCCACAUCCCUCAUGCAGAUAGAUGACAACAUCAUGAGGAAAUUCCAUGGCCACAGCUCUCUAAAAGAGUACUACGAGAAGGAGAGCUGUGUACAUUAUAUCCACAAUGUAAAUGUGCCACUGCUGCUUGUGAACUCUGGAGACGAUCCUCUGGUUCAUGACUCACUGCUCACCAUCCCUCGUACAUUAGCAGAGAAAAAGCAGAACGUGAUCUUUGCUCUGACGCUGCACGGAGGCCACCUGGGCUUCUUUGAAGGGGCUGUGCUCUUCCCUCAGCCCCUCACCUGGAUGGACAAAGUGAUCGUGGGUUAUGCCAACACCAUAUGCCAAUGGGAGAAACAGAAACCGUCGUGCCAAAGUGGGCACCUGAGCAAGAGCCCCUGCUCAGAGGAAAAAGCUUAACCUUUGACCACUCUCUCUAUCUGUCCCACUCUCAACACCCCAACAAUAUCCCAGCACAGAGGAGAUGCCUGAACCAGACCUGAAACUGAUAUCUCUUCAUUGUUGUCUCCUUAGUGCACUGCUACAGUCCCGCUACCCCGUCACACACAGCCCCCCUGUAUUCAUGCCUUCACCACAUUUGCCCCCCUCUCGAACCACCAUCACGUUACGGUAUGUGAAGGAAUGAAAACAGCUAACUGCCUUUGUGCUCUUUUCGUUGUGUGGGAUCCGAACACAGAAUAUGUGUAUACACACACACACACACACACACACACACAUACACACCGAUCCCUGGCUAAGGAUGCAUUGACCAAAUAUAAAAAGGCAACUUGGCAUCCAAGACCACAAAAACCGAGGGCACCAUAUUAGAUGAGUUGUUCGGUGAAAACCUGAGCACAGAAGCCUCCACAAGGACUAUGCUGCAGUCAGUGCCCAUUUACUGUACCCGUAUGGAGCUCACUGCUUAUUACCACCAAGGCCAUAGCCUAGUUUGCUGUCUUAACCAACAUGGCCUCUUUGUACUAUGUAUGUAACUCACGGACACUGUUAACAGGCCAGUUUUGCGUUUGAGCACACCAGAGUGUGAAUGUGUGUGAACGAGUGUGUAGACCAAGAGUGAAAGACUCGUGACUUGUCAUUUGAGUGUCUGGUUGUUGAUCCUUAUUCUGUUUGAUCGUUGAUUGAAG